GAUGGUAUUUGGAUUGUUUCAUUGGCCCAAUGAUCAGGGGUAAUAAUAAUACUGGAAGCACUGUGAUUUAGUUUACUAAUAAGAGCAUUCUUAAAUGCCGGUUAUUAUUAUUAUAUAUGUAUGUGUGCUUUAUUUAAGCUUUUUAUUUAUUACCAGCUAAGUUUGAACUGAAAUCUUGCCGAUCGUGGAAUGUAAACUUUCAGGUCAAUCUAACCCAUAUGCUGCAGUGCAGUGGAGGAUGUGGUUUCAUGUGUAAAUGUAAUGUGAUGCCUGCAUGGGUCACAGGUUACCAGCUGAAUUGAUACAGCAAUUCUACCAAUAUGACUGGUAGUCUGUAUUUAAAUAUUUUGUGUUCAUUCAACACAUGUACAGUGCUAGUAAAUUGAAAUUGCUUAGCCAAACACAAGGAGUGUGCCAUUAUUUUUCUUCCGUCAAAUUUAAAGUUUAUUCACUAAAAUGAGAGGGAUCAUAUAAACUUCUCAACAUUUGUGCUUUAAGCACAAAUGUUGAGAAGUUUAUAGUGUGAAAAAUAAUUUAAAAAAAUAAAGAUAAACUUGUCAUAUUUUUUCAAGAUGGAUCUGCUAAGUAAUAAAAUAUUUAUUAAGUGCACGGUUGUAAUUUUUAAGUAGAUGGAUCUAGACAACUCUGUAAUUAUAUUUAUAUGACGUAUGUAUCGUAAUAAAUGCAUAUUUAAUUGUUGAGUAAUUAUAUGUCAGUGUUUUAUUGAACUAUUAAGAAGGCUCUUUAGAAAAUGUUCUUUUUGUACCAGCAUUGUGUAACUAGUGAUAAGUUUGUACUUUUUUACUUUAUUUAUUAAUGUGAUGAUUAUAACUGCACUUAAUUGGGAAGGGCAUUUCGUAGAAUUAUGAUGGGGAAAUUCCGUUGAAAUCAUUGCUUGCCUUAUUUGUUGCAUAGGAUUCGAAUUUAGGCUGAUCUCAUGCCCAGCAAAUUUGGUGGUUAAGACAUCUGUACUAUAAUGCUGGAGGUAGUGGGUUCAAGUCCCACCUAAGUGAAGCUGUUUGCUUGCGGUAUUGGCUUAUUGCAAGUAUGCGAGCAUGCAAGGCUUACUGUCAAGGGCUUCAAAUUCUCAUAAAUUUUAUCAAACAAAUGCAGUGUAUUCUGAUUUCCUUGCUGUGAAAUUACUUCCCCAAUUAUUUUGCCGAGUUCAAGUGUUUAUAUAUAUAUAUAUUAAUUUUUUUUUACACACAACUUGUUUUAGAAAAUUUCAGCGUUGUUCUUCCCCUCCCUUAAAUAAAUGUGGAUAACUAACCAAUUUCUUUUAUUGAAAUUACUUUUCAUGUUUGUGAAUUAAAGGUAAUAAAUCAAUCUUCCUUUCUCCUGAAACUCUAUAAAAUGUGGUUAUGAAUGUGUGUGUGAUCAUGUUUUCUUGCAUUUCCUCUCGUACAAUGUAGUUGUAAGUGUAUUAAUUUUUGGAAUAAACAAACAAAAACCCAAACAAAUGCGAACUUCUUGUAAAAAAAAUGUUACAAAAAUACACCCCCAAAAAACAUACUUUGAUCCUCCAUUAGGAUGAGACAAUUUAAAGUUGCACCAAUUGAUGAUUGAAUAUACAGUGGAAAUUGGUUGCAGAAGGUGUCAGUAUCAAGAUACGGCCAUAUGCCACAUCCCUCUAAACCUCUAGCUGUCCUUUAGUCUAGUGGCCAGAAGUACAAAUAAAACAUGCCUAAAAACUGGACUCUGUACCCAACAGCAGUUAAAACCGCUUACAACAUGUCUGUCCAUGUGUGGAUACAUGGUAUCAACUAGGAAGCAUUAACCACGGUUGGCGAGGCGUCGGUGUCAUAAACCUCCAUGUUGAAACGAUAAAUUUCGGCGAUUUUGCUUUGUUCAAGUUUUAUGACAUCAGAUUGAAAUAUAAGCAACAAAGAACUCAAUCUGAUGACCUGAGAAAUUGUGUUCUAGUGAACAACCAACAUACAGUUAGGCGACAUCGGGCUUCAUCCGUUUUCCAGUUGCCAUGGAAAUGAAUAAAUGUGUAGCAGAGGUUUGCGUGUUGGGUUUUGCGACUGUGGUGCUGCUCCUGUACAUACUAGGCCAACACGUUCCAUUCCGCACAUCAAAGAUAUCCAUGCAAGCAAAUACAGAGUUAUCAAAUAGCCCUCAUCCAACACGGCUUUCCAAGCAGACAUCGAUAAAAUCCUCAGAGAUUUCUUCCAACACCAAGUCACCGACGUCUGAGUACCUCACCUUGCUCUUGCCACACGAAAACCCCAGAGAUCUGCAGCUACGUCUGGAGCACACCUUCAGGAUAAACCCCUCCUUCAAAUUAUCAAAAUGCCCAGUUUCCCUCCAGACCAAAAUGAAGGAAACUGAUUGGACAGCCGACAAAUAUCACCCGGAGAUUCAUAUGCUAAUGAACGAACAACUUCUAGACCAAUCAGAAUACAGGAGACUACUGCCCUACCUGAUUCCAUAUGGUUAUAAUAGUAUUCCUUCACCACUACCAUAUGACGAUGUGGCCCGUAUUCUGAGUCUCUUUCCAGCGACUGAGUCCAUUUUUGACUUUAAGGAGGCCCGGCCAUCCUGCCUACGGUGUGCAGUGGUUGGCAAUGGAGGCAUACUCAAAGGCUCAUCUAGGGGCAUGGAAAUAGAUGACCAUCACAUGGUGUUUAGGGUGAAUAAUGCCAUUCGCCGGGGCCAUGAGAAUGACGUCGGCAACCGCACCACCCACUACUUCUUCUUUGACAGAUCACUUAGAGACUUGGAGAAGAGAGAUGUGCCGAGAGAUGAGGGCAUCAAGUAUGUCUUUGUUCCAUGUGAGCGCAACGAUUACUCGUACAUCAAGCGCGUUGUGACUGGCUCGGAACCUAAGAUACGUGCCAAGGCAAACGAUGUCCGCGUCUUACACCCUGACUUCAUCCGAUACGUGCAGCGAAUUUGGAUGGGACUAUCACAGACAUCCCCCUACUUCCGCCCCACCACUGGUUCCCUGAUGUUGCUCACUGCUCUGCAUGCUGGCUGUGAUUAUGUUCAACUAUAUGGCAUGGGUUACCAGCCAAAGUAUUCUCUCUACUACUUUGACGACGACUACCGAGGCUACAACAUCUCCACAUCGGUGCAUAAUUUAUCCAAGGAAAUUGGUUUGAUAAAGUCACUCCACGAAGCAGAGAUAAUAGACUGGUAUCAGAGACUAACUUGAACAUUCUUUAAAAAAAGAUAACUUCAUCCACUUGCCUAAGGAUUCUAUUAAUCAAAUUUGGGGAUUGUGCUGGACCCAGAGUGCCAGUCUGUCCUCAUUUUACCUCUCUUACUCGACAGACCGACUGACCGACCAACUGACUAACCGUAUGAAUGACUAUAAUAGAGCAAGAAUGUCUCUUGUCUAUUGUGAGCCGAUGAGCAGUGCUAUAGGAUUGACCUGUGCCAUGGUCCAGUUGAUACGGUGCUUGGCUCAUAGUACGUGGGUUCGAACCCUGCCAGGAACAUGGUGUUUGUGUCCUUGGGCAAGACACUUUACA